AAAAAUAAUUAAUACGGAAGAAUAAUAAUGCGCAGUAUCGGUAUACGUAUCCGUGCAUCUACCGUGAACGUUCCGUAAUAUACGGUCUCCAUGGCAGAACGCUGUCCACUUUGAGGUUAUGAAUGAUUUGACAACUACAUCGACACUGUGUACUUGACGAAAUAUAAAUCAAAGAAUAUGGAUAGCGAACAAGAGAAUACACUAAAAUUGGAAGGUCAUGCAGAUAGAAAAUACAUUAGCUUUCAAGGUCUUAAAAAAGCUUCCAAAUGUCCAAGCAAUCGUAUUGAAUGUUUAGAUACAAAUCAGUCCGAUUCACAACAAUUCAAUAAUCGAGAUAUUACAAGAAAGAAAGGUGUGUCCUUGAUGCAAUUUGUACAGACAGAAUUAACAAGAGGAUACCAAUUAGAAUAUGAUGAAGAAAGAUUUUCUGCAAGAAGAGAGAAGAUUUAUUCGUUUAUGAAAAUUCCUAGAGAAGUUGAAAAAUUCAUGAUUUAUGGCUUUCUUCAGUGUGCAGAUUCAUUUUUAUUUGUCUAUACAUUUUUACCAUUAAGAUUUAUUAUGGCAUUAUGGGCUGUAGCUACAAGACCCCUUUGGCAUUGCUUAGGAAGUAAGAAACUUCGUGCCAAAAGAAAAGAAAGGAUUUUGAGGCCGGCUGAAGUAUGUGAUUUAUUAAAGGGAGUGGUAGUACUAGGUUGUUGGGCAGCCACAUGGAAAGUGGACACAUCAAUGAUGUACCACGUAGUUAAAAGUCAGUCGGUGAUAAAAUUAUAUAUUUUUUAUAAUAUGUUAGAAGUAGGAGAUCGACUUUUUAGCGCAUUUGGUCAGGAUACAAUAGACGCAUUACUUUGGACUGCCACAGAACCACGUUCUCGAACACGAUCAACUCGUUCUCAACACUUGGGAACAUUGCCACAUCUCCUAUUUGCUCUUGCUUAUGUGUUGCUGCAUAGUAUACUGGUGCUAUUUCAAGCGACUACCUUAAAUGUAGCUAUAAACAGCAGCAACAAAGCUCUUCUUACAAUAAUGAUGUCUAACAACUUUGUUGAAUUAAAAGGUUCUGUUUUCAAGAAAUUUGACAAGAAUAAUUUGUUUCAAUUAUCUUGUGCCGAUGUCAGAGAACGUUUUCACUUAACGAUGUUACUGUUAGCAGUUACAUUGCAAACAAUGAAGGAGUAUGCAUGGCGAGCUGAUAGGCUAAUUGUGCUGCUACCUGAUUGCGUAAUGUUACUAUUAGCAGAAGUUCUUGUUGACUGGGUAAAGCAUGCAUUCAUCACUCGUUUUAACGAGCUAAGCUCAACUGUCUAUAGGGAUUACACAGUUAGUUUGGCUUAUGAUAUGGCUCAAACGAGACAAAAAACAGCAUUUUCUGAUCCAUCGGAUUUGAUAGCUCGGAGAAUGGGUUUUAUACCAUUACCCCUUAGUGUUGCUAUGGGCAGGGUAUUAUGUACAACUUUAACACCAUCUGCAAGACCAGCAAAUUUCAUUUUGUUAAUAUUAGCAUAUCUCAUACUCGUAGCUUUACGUAUAUUAAACAGUCUAAUUAUUUUGGGUAGAGCAUGCGAUUUAAUAUCUUCGCAUGCACAUUCAAAUAGAAAUGAGACAGGUGAAGAAACAUUGAUCCAGAAUUUAAAUAAAUCAAGUGCAGAUGCAAAAGAUCCGAACCUGGCAACAGCUAUAUUUUCAAAUAGCGCUGUCAGUUUGAAUAAUGUAUGUCUUAACGAUGCUCUACUUAAAUCAGAUGAUACUACCGACGACCUGGAUAGAUCUGAGGAUAACUCGGCUGAAGUUGCCCCACCAGUUAAAAACAUUUUAAGAAGUGGAAGUGAACCUCUACUUCCUCAAUGACACCUUUUCUUAGUAUAAUUGUAGCUCAAAACUUUUUUGUUCAUAAAUAAUACUAGCCAUGUAUACAUAUAUGUAGACAUACUUAUGUGUGUGUGUACAUGUUAUUCUCAGGUUUUUUAUUAUAUGAAUUAAAUAUAAGUAUUUAAGAAAAUAGAAAAAGAAAUAAAAUUUCAAGGUACUUUAA